AUGUCAGAGCUUCGUGAUCUUCCCGCUGACCUUGCAGCGGGGUCUGACAAAAGGUCAUAUGUGAUCAAGGUAGACGGCUAUUCAAGAGUCAAGGGGAUGAUCGGGCAUGGCGACAAAGUGAAAUCUGCCCCUUUCAGUGUUGGAGGCUACGACUGGGUUUUGUGGUUCUACCCAAACGGCAGCGACAUCACACAUUAUGAAGCCGGUUAUGUAUCUGUUUUUCUGGCUCUUGAUUCUGGUUUUGCCACGGACGUGAGGGCGAAAUUUAGAAUUAGUUUGCUUGACAAGAAUGGAGAACCAGACAUUACAAGAAGCAAGACCAAUCCCGAAUGCAUCUUCUCUAGCAAAGGUUCAUUCAAGGGUUUCCGUGAUUUUAUCGGCAGAGCUUAUCUUGAGAAUCCAAGGAAUCUAAGCAACGACAGUGUCAGCAUCAUGUGCCAUGUUACUGUCGUGAAGAAUAUCCACAAAGGUAAUCGGUCUGGCUUGAUUCCUCCAAGAAACUUGCAGCAACAUCUUGGAGACCUACUGAAGAGCAUGGAUGGAGCCGACGUGACCUUUCAUGUCGGCGGGGAGAGUUUCUUGGCUCAUAGGGCCGUGCUCGCCGCUCGGUCAUCCGUAUUCAGAGCGGAGCUCUUUGGCGGCAUGAAGGAGAAAGCUGGCGGUCCGAUUGAAAUUAGUGACAUGGAAAGUGACGUGUUCAAAGCCUUGCUCCACUUCAUAUACACAGACGAGUAUGAGCCUGUUCCUGAGAUGACCGAUGGAUGUGAAGCACGGAGAGAAGCGGUGAUGGCUGGCCAUCUACUUGUUGCAGCAGACAGGUACAAUAUCGAGGGGCUGAAGCUGAUAUGCGAAGAGAGGGUGUGCAACCUCAUCAACCCUGACAUCGUGGCGACUAGUUUGGCUCUAGCUGAGCAGCACGGCUUCCAUGGAAUCAAGGAUGCCUGCUUUGAGUUCCUCGCUUCGCCUUCCAAUUUGGAGGCGAUGAUGAGCAUCUCAAGAAUAGCUGCCCAUCAGUUCUCAAGGAGCUGGCUGCUAGCUUCCUGCCCGCCGAACUGA